GACAAAGUUCCCCCAACGCCCACCCAGCACCGCUUCCCCAUUGGUUCGUGGGAUUCACCCUUCAGGGUCCCUCCCCCUGCCCUGCUGCUCUGUGUUAAGGGACAUUCCCCAGAGGCCAAGGGUUGCCACAGCACCAUGACUGAGUCUGGCAAGCCCAUCCUCUAUUCCUAUUUCCGAAGCUCCUGCUCCUGGAGAGUUCGAAUCGCUCUGGCCUUGAAGGGCAUCAACUAUGAAACAGUGCCUGUCAACCUCUUAAAGGAAGGGGGCCACCAGUUCUCUGAAGAAUUCCAGUUACUGAAUCCCAUGAAGCAGGUGCCGGCCCUGAAGAUCGAUGACAUCACCAUCAGCCAGUCACUGGCCAUCAUCGAGUACCUGGAGGAAACUCGGCCCACUCCACGACUCCUGCCUCAGGACCCAAAGAAGAGGGUCUUCGUGCGCAUGAUCUCCGACCUCAUCACCAGCGGCAUCCAGCCCCUGCAGAACCUGUCUGUCCUGAAGCAAGUGGGAAAGGAGAACCAGCUGAUCUGGGCCCAGAAGGCCAUCAGUUCCGGUUUUAAUGCUUUGGAGCAGAUCCUGCAGAGCACAGUGGGGAAGUACUGUGUGGGAGACGAGGUGUCCAUGGCCGACAUCUGCUUAGUGCCUCAGGUGGCAAAUGCUGAAAGGGGCCUUAGAAGACCAUGAAGGAGCAAAUAUUUCCCGAAAUGCAUAGACUUUUUUCUCUAGAGGUCAGACCAAAUUGCUCCAAGGCUUAGCAAUAAUUAAGCUUCUAUAAAAGGGUUUUGAAGAUUACCUCCUCUGUGCCUCCUUCCAGUCUGCAAAUAAUGCUUAUAUUCAGGGGUCAGAUGUAUUUCUCAAUGCAAAACCAUCAUCUAUUUGGGAGAUACUUUCCAACGGGGACUUCUCUCCAAAGGCUGAGCGGUAAAGGCCAAGUCCUUCCUCAUUUCCACAUCAGUUGUCAGAUCUGUGAAGAACGAUCAGUGGGCCCCUGAUCCUGGAAUGCGAGAGGCCACAGGGAGACGUGAUCUGUCGUCUCCCCACAGUGCGAGUGGCCACAGAGGAUGAGGAACAGAUCGGAGUGGUCCUACCCUGGUAAUUAGGUGGAAGUGGUAAGUCCUGGAAAAUACUUUAGAAGGAUGAAAGCAGGAAGGACUUGAGAACAAAGCAAAAAAUACAGGAUUUUGUUCCAAAGCAAUUUUACAUAUCCACUAAGGAAAACAGUAAACUUAUUGGACAAACAGGUGGAUAUACAUGUUCAUAAGUAUUCAUUUUAUUGGCUCCUCCUGACUUCAAACAAAAUUUAUUUAGCUCCUAAUUCUAAGGCCCCAGCAGGCACCAUUCCACUUUGGGAGAAUACCUGCAGUAAGAUGGCCGAGUUUCACCAGAAUCUCAUGGGUUAAAGAACAUCGGGCUGAAUGUCAAGAGCUGCAGUGUGUGAGCUGCCUUCUGUAACCUUGCACUACGCCAGGGUCAAUGAUGUGACAGAUAUGAGUGCCAUUAAAAAUUAAGGAAGAAUCUUCAGUAUGUUAAGUGUUAGCAGUGACAUAUUCAGCAUGCCCAAUCGUAACUCAAUUAGAAUCGCUGGCUACAUUCAUAGUCUGGCUGGGAUUUUCAUCAUCGGGUGUGGUGCAUCAUUUCACUCACGAUUAUUUCAGAUCUCUUCCUCUUUUAUACAACAGCCGCUAAAAUACGCUGCAAAGGAAAGCAGAGACAGACCUACCGGGCUCAUGGUGGAACCACAGAUAAUGGCUGAAGAAAGUGUUUAAAUGGUGCCCGUCCCUGUACACAUGGGAGCCCUUCUCAUUCGGAAACGGACUCCAGGGACGUGCUAUCUUACGGUGUCACUGCAGUAAAUGCAAACAGGCUACAUUAGUAUUGCCCAGGCCAAGUUAAUGACUAGCCUGGUGUCCAAAGUACUAGUUCCAAAUUUGAACACAGCGAGCAAAUUCAUUGGAGAAUGAGCACCACUGGGGACUCAACACUGGCAAAACCCAAUAAUGCUCUAUUUAGUAAUCAUUACUCUAAACCCAGUUUUUCACUCUUGGGCUAAACCCAGUUCCCAGUUCAUAAUACUCUGCCAUGAAUCUUAAUACAGAUGAAAGAGCUAUCAUUAAUCUCAUUCCCAAGCUUCCUUAAUUGCUGAUUUUUUUUAAUUUGUAUAACCUCAAUAGAUUAAAUUUAUA